CAGGACACAUCAGGUCUCUCCGGGUGGGCAGGAAUAGAGGCGACUGUGGCGAAGGACGAUGAUGGGAAGAUGAACGGAUAUUCUGAAGAUGUCGACACUCUGCUUGUCUUCGUAUGUCCCUCAUCUGCGUUUUCAUGCUCGAGCAACCUGAUGCCCGUCAAGGCUGGUCUAUUCUCUGCCAUCCUCACCGCAUUCGUCGUCUCGACCUAUACAAUGCUGCAGCCAUCGAGCGCUGACCUGACGAACCAGCUCAUUACCACCAAUAACCAAAUACUCGUCCAAGGCUUCUCUGCCGUCCUCACCGGGUCCUCGUUCUCUCCCCCUCAGCUUAUGUCUCUCGCUGAUCUGCCACCAUUCCGGCCGUCGACCCCGGCACGGUGGAUCAACACUCUGUUCUUCAUCAGCCUCGUCCUCAGUAUCGCCGCCGCCCUGCUGGGAAUCCUGGUCAAGCAGUGGGUGCGCGAGUACAUGCAGUGGAACUCGCCCCUGGCAACUCCGCGAGAAAAUAUCAUGGUGCGGCAAUUCCGGCUGGAGGCGUGGGAUGCGUGGAAUGUCUCGGCGAUCGUCUCGACGGUGCCAGCACUACUCGAGGUCGCGAUGAUCCUGUUCCUCAUCGGCAUGGUCAUCCUGCUGUGGACCCUGGACGAUGUUGUGGCAAUCUGUUUGACAGCAUUCACGGCGAUGUUCCUGCUCGUUAUCGCCGUGUCCACCAUCCUUCCCGUGUUCUCUCGCCGGUGCCCGUACAAGUCACCGACGGCAUGGGCUGUCAUGGCGGCUUGCAAGCUCACGCUGCAUUUGGUGCCAUUCUGUGUGAGAUGGGGCAGAGCAUAUGCUGCUCUGCAGCAUCGUCGAUGGCGGCAGUUCAUUCGCGGUAAGCCAUGCAAGUGUCUAGCAUGCCAUCUGCAGCCUUAUGCUCUCCGUCAGAAUGCAGUGUGGACCUGCGCUGUGGGUUGUAUACUGAAAUAUACCGCGAUUUCAUUUCAAUAGUCUUGGUCGGUAGCGGCGAUGAUUCCUUGGGGCCGCAAGAGCGGGUCAAGUGGAAGCAACUACCGCUCAGCUGGCGCGACGUCGACCUCAGCAGCUGCAGAUCCAUGCUGCCGCGCUUCGGAUCCCGACAGCUCAACGAUGAAACUAUGCGCGCCGCGGCACAGCAAACCCUUUUGGCCGAGACUUCAGAUGGCUCGGAGCGAAAAGACGAGUUGUUCGGCAAGGUCAAGGAGACUGCCCUGCUCCUGCGAGCAUUGUCCUGGGUAGCAAAGUCAUCCCAGAACUCUCACGUCGUCAUGUACAUCGAGCAAUGCCAUGACGAGGAGCAGGGUCUACACGAGCGUACCCUGGAUUUCCUCCUUCGUGCGGCCGAUUCAGGACCCGGUUUUGAAGAGCGGCGGCUCCUUCUGCAGUUCGUCCUUAAUCAAUCCAAGCAGUGCAAUAUCUCUGCGCUGCUGCGUAGGGCGUACAUUUAUGCUCAGCGGGACUACAGGGUCAUGCUAUCUGUAGCUGACAGACACCUGGGUAAGCGCACACA